UCUCUUAUAAGUACAAACGGAAAAUUUGAUUUGAGAAUGACCAAUUCGAAAUCAUAAGAAGUUAUUAACCUUUAGCUUUAUUGGUUGAGCAUUGGUUCAAUAACUAAAAAGAUCAAACUAUGCGGAAAUAGGAAGACACAAAGUCACACAACUCAGACAGAGAAAAGUUCAGGAAGUUUCAAAAUGGGAUUGUUCUCAAACAAAAUCUCCAGAGAAGAAGUGAAGCCUGGAGAUCACAUCUACUCAUGGCGUACUGCCUACGUCUACGCUCACCACGGAAUCUACGUAGGCGAUAACAAAGUCAUACAUUUCACUCGUGGAGGUGGUCGACAAACUGAAACCGGGACCUUUUUGGACAAGUUGGUCGUUAGUUCAUCUCCUAAUUAUCCUCAGUGUCUGGUCUGCAAAGAUCAUUCCAGCUUCAACGGUGACAAGGUCAUUACCUCUUGUCUUGAUUGCUUUCUUGCUGGAGGAAAUCUCUACCUCUUUAAAUACAAUGUUUCUAGGUCUUCCUUUCUUGCCAAACCUAGAGGUGGUACUUGCACAUUAGCACCUUCAGAUCCUCCUGAGGAUGUUCUUGUCCGUGCAAAUUUCCAAUUACAUAUGGAUGGGUGGUUUGGUGAUUAUGACGUCACAGAAAACAAUUGUGAAGAUUUUGCUAUCUACUGUAAAACUGGUUUACUGGUCUGCAAGAAGAAUAGAUUUGGAACCAGUGGUCAAGUCAAUGCCGCUGCUGCAGCUUCGCUUGCUUUAGCCUUGCAUGCCUGUGGGUUAACUAUGCUCGGAGUUGGUGUGUACUGUUACGGUCGCGUUGCUAGUGACGUAAGUAGGAAUGGUGAUGUUAUCAAGGUCCCUGCGAAGAAGCUCGUUUCCAUAUUGGAAUCGGAUCGUACUUCACCAAGAGAAGGCUGGUUGAGCAUUGCCGGUCCCAAGUUUAGGGGUGAAUGAUGAUGUU